AACAAAGACAAAAGAUACAAAAUGGCCUGGUUUUGGCAAACAAUUCUGAUCAUACUUUUAAAUUGGAUCAUUCAAAAGUUCUUAACCUUGAAGAAGAAACAACCACCGGGCCCGAUCGGGCUACCGAUCAUCGGCCAUUUCCACCUAUUGGGUAAAAAUCCCCACCAAGAUCUGCAUCGAUUAGCCCAAAAACAUGGACCCAUCAUGUACCUCCGCUUCGGCUUCGUCCCCACGGUGGUCUUCUCCUCUCCCGCCGGAGCGGAGCUCGUCCUCAAAACCCACGAUCUCGUUUUCGCCGGCAGGGCUAGUAAUCAGGCCGCCAAGCACAUCAGCUACGACGGUAGAAACAUCGUAUUCGCCCAGUACGGUUCUUACUGGCGCGACAUGCGCAAACUGGCCACACUCAACUUGCUCAGCACCUCCAAAGUCAGCCAGUUUCAGCCCGUGAGGAAGGCGGAGCUCCGCCUCGCCGUCGAUUCCCUCCGGCGAGCUGCCGCGGGGCGCGAAACCGUGGAUGUUAGCGAGAUGAUUAUGGGUACGAUUGGGGAUAUGGUUUGCCUGAUGGUGUUUGGGAGGAAGUUCGCCGGCGGUGAAUUGGGUGGGAGCGGAGGCGGGUUUAAAUAUGUGAUUGACGAGACGUUUCAGGUGGCGGCGAAGCCGAAUCUCGGAGAUUUUUUCCCGUACAUGGGUACGAUUGAUCUUCAAGGGUUGACCCGUCGAAUGAAAGAACUCAGCACAACUUUCGACGGGUUCUUGGAGAAGAUUAUCGACGACCACGUUCUUCAGAACAAGCAGCAGAAGAAGGAGAAUCAAGACUUUGUCGACACCAUGAUGGCCAUUAUGGAUUCCGGUGAAGCUGGAUUCGAAUUCGACCGCCGCCAUGUCAAGGCUGUGCUCUUGGAUAUGCUUUUAGGAGGAACAGACACUUCAUCCGCAACAAUAGAUUGGGCGCUCGCAGAACUCAUUAGGCACCCACAAAUCAUGAAAAAACUCCAACAAGAACUCGAACAAGUCGUUGGCUUAGACCAAUACGUGGAGGAGUCGCACCUCGAAAAACUCGACUACUUAAACUUCGUAGUCAAGGAAACCUUUAGGCUCCACCCGGUUGUCCCACUGUUCAUCCACGAAGCCCUUGAAGAUUGCACCGUCGAAGAAUUCCAUAUCGCGAAAGGCACACGAAUCAUGGUGAAUGUAUGGUCUAUGAGUAAAGACCCUAAUGUGUGGCAAGACCCCGAAAAAUUCUUUCCGGAGAGAUUUAUCGGGAGCAAUUUGGAUCUUCACGGGCAUGAUUUUGAGCUCCUACCAUUCGGGUCGGGCAGGCGAUCCUGCCCGGGUCUUCAGUUGGGACUCACUACCGUUCGGUUAGUGUUGGCACAAUUGGUUCAUUGCUUCGAUUGGGAGCUUCCGAACGGGAUGUCGCCUAGUGAAUUGGACAUGUCCGAGCAUUUUGGCCUUGUGACCGGUAAAGAUAAGCAUAUCAUGGCCAUUCCUGUUUGCCGGUUGCAUAAAUGAGUCGCGAAUUUGAGUUCGAAACACGAAAAGCUCGAAGAAUUUAUUUGUUGCUUAAGUAUGUAUAUAUUGUCUAUUUCACUAUUAUUAAUCAACUGUG